CAGGGCAAUCGGACGCGGCGGUGUCAAUGCGUAAACAAGCAGACGACGCACAUGCGCCGAGGCCUCGUCUGGCGCUGGAAGAUGACGCACUCGGGCCUAUUUUCCUGACACGGAGAACGGAGACUUUUUCCUCAGGCCUCAGAAGAGCAUCAGGCAUUCUUGCAUUGUGCUUUUGUGUGGCCUGUACGGCAAGUUGAGCUCCGCAGUGCUGGUGUCAGUCUUUACGAGAGUGAGGAGGUUGUACGGCAAAUCAUGUGUGUCAUUCUGGGAGAGAUACAUGCGAGGUCCUAAGAGAAGCAUAGCUGGCUCAAGGUUGCCAGCGUGUGUCAGGGGCUCCUGGCUGACAGCAGCAAUGAACCCAUUAUGACCAGACAGAUUGUGGCAGCAAGUUCUGUGUUGACAUCCUCUCACAUCAUGGCUAGACUGUCACUCAUGCUGGGAUGAAAUCCCAACAUGCCAUGCGUAGUUGAACCUGCUCCAAGGCGUUUACUUCCUUGGCCCUGGCUGUGGUCAUCAAGAAGAAACAACCUCAGAAGUAUGCUUAACCCUGCAAUAAGGGUUCCAGAAAUUUCUGGAUGUCAGUUUGAAUCCACAUUACCUAAACAUCUGUUUAUGCUACUGCCAAGAACUUAGAGAGCAAGGAAAAUUUAUACUUACCAAGCUUCUAGUUCUUCCCCCAAACAGUUAACUCCACACACUGCCUGGCACAUGCUUGGUUAGGUGAUCCUGUUGUUUUUGCUGUGUUGCCAUACCGUCCAGUUGCCAGCCUUAGUCUUGGAGCCCAGUAUGCCAGUAUGGCGCAGAGGAGUCGUCGCCAAAUAUACGAAACUGCCUUUGACAGUAAGCCUUCACUGUGCUUCCGCCAGGUGGAAAAGAAGACCGAGGAUGGAGGGGACUUGAUAGACCGCAUCGCCAACCACCCCAUCCUGCAGCUCCUUAACCUGCGCCGGAGGUCUCGGCAGAACGGCCAGAACAACAAUAACCACCACAACAACCAGCACCAUCACCACCACAGUGGAAAUAGUGGACACAGGUCAAGGACCCUCUCCAGUAAUGUUGUUGCUUCAACUUCCUCGGAUCCAAAGUUCCAGGUUGGUGUAUACACACCUAAAGGCCGACGACGAGACCGGGGCCGGGGAAAGACCCCCCAUCCAGCACGCAGUGUCUCCACCCACUACAUCACAGAGCACCGUGUCCGCCCCAUUGGCCUGUCCAAGAGCGAUGAUGAGAUUCUCAACCGUGCGUCGGAUUCUCUUGAUGAGGAUGACUACAUUGAGGAUUAUAUCGAAGGCCAGAAUGCCAAAGAACUUUCAGCUGAUCUUGAAACACUCCACAUGCACAGUGACGACUACUUCAAAGAGGUAAAGAAGCAGAAGAAAAAUGCCAAGAAGGAGAAGAGUGAUUGGAAGGAACGAUCGGAGCUCAGCAAAUCUCAGGCCAUUCCACGGAAAUUGCCAUCGAAACCUCUGGAACUGCGGAGUCCACCCGGCACAGCUCCUCUCCCCAUUAAGUUCUGCAAGAGAACUCCCAUUGCAGAUAAAAGUCCCUCCAGUUGGUUUAGUCCACCAAGACAAAAGGACCUCAACCUCCCCAUCAAGAAGAGUUCGAGCAAGGAACACCUUGGCUUGAGUAGAAAUACACCUCCUUGUGAGAGCCACACAAGUCUCAAUGCCUCCAUGGAGGUCUUGCUUGACAGCUCUUCCCAGAGAGACAUCAAGUCAUGCUUUGUGUCUCCCCGGGUGAGUGUCAAGUACUCAAGCAUAGAAAGUGUUGUGACUGGAAGUACAAUGUCCAGCCUGGAGAGCCUGCGGAGUUCCAUGAGUGAUGGCAGCAAGAGCACUGCCAGCAAUGAAUCCGCUGUGAGCAGCUAUAAAAGUUCGUCCUUGGGGAGCGAUUCCUCCCUCAUGUCCCGUCCCUUCCUGAACCUGUGUGCCCCUCAUAGGUCACUCAUCCAGUCAGCCAAGUUCCAGAUCCUUUCGCCCAUUUCAGACAAAUCCCAGGAGCCGUCUUCAGAGAAUGGUGGGCUCUCGCAGAAGAGCUCACCACAGGACCUGGCUGAGUUCAAUUCUGCCCUGGCCCGCCAGAAGACUCCGCUGCAGCCCCGGAACAUCCAGGAAGAUUUCCGUAACUUCCAUCACAUCCUGCCCGGCCCCCCAAGGGAGGGUGAUGUCCAGGGCUCUGACAGCGGUAUCAGCAUUGAAUAUGGACUACACAAGAGCAAAAAGGAAGAUGUCCCCUUCAGUGACUUACCCUUUGAUAUGCCAAAGCUUCGCCGACGAUUAGCCGCAGCCAAAGUUGGAAAGACCAGCCUUUCGAGUAGCAAUUCUUCGAUAUCUUCCAGUGGUGCCACAAGUGACGGGAAUCCACGAUUUAGUCUUCCGCCAAACUUCCAGCCCACAGUUAAUCCUGCCAUUUCAAGAUUACAGCUUUCUGAGGGCCAGAGUGGGACCUCCUCCUCCAAUUCGAGUGACUGGGAAACAAGAUCCUCUGCAGAGAGCAGUGACGACCAAGGUACACCGAAGUUGAGAAAUAAAGAUCUCUUUGGGGGGAAAGCAAAAUCAGGAUUAGCCUUGGACCUUGGGUGUGCAGCCAUGGCGAUCAAGGGAGAGAAAGUGGACACUAACCUUCCCCUCAUGAAGCAAGGAUGGUACCACGGUGCAUUAAACAGGACAGAAGCUGAAGAAACACUCAGGUCGUGCUCUGAAGGCAGUUACCUGGUGCGCUCACUUGAUGUGUCUAGACAUGAGUACUCUCUUGCUCUGAAGUCUGCUCGUGGCUUUAUGCACCUGAGGAUUCAGUUUGACUGCAAGACGGGCGGGUACAUGCUCGGCCGUGGCACUAAGCAGUUCCCUACGGUGCCCCACAUGAUCCACCACCACAGCAUCUUCAGAUUGCCCAUCAAAGGUGCUGAACACAUGGUCCUCCUCCAUCCCGUGAGUCAUGAGACCCUAUAGUUGCCACGUGGAGGAACGCCUACUGUUGUUGGAAAGAUACCCGUGACCUUCUACCAUCUCUGAGAGAAGAAAAAAAAGCUUCCAGUUUGUUUCCUAGUCAACCUUUUCCAGUGCCCCUAAACUCCUCCUCAGAAGCAUGAUCAUUCGAGGUCCUGUAGAAUUUGUUGGUUCGGUUGUAGGGUGUAGUCAGUGGUAAAAACCUUUGAAGUUGCGCAAAUGUUGGUGAGUGUGUCAGAGGGACAAAGAAAAUUUAGUGUGCUACAAUAAGGUUUAGAUUACUGAUUACUGCAGUCUAUUUUAUUCCAUAUCCUGUUGCUAAUUUUUUGCUAGACUCUAUGAAUCUUCCAUGAUAUAUACUGCUAGUCGUUUUCCUAGUCAUUAUUCUAGAACAAUAUUCUUGUUUAUCCAAGAUCCUUUACUCCUGAAAAAGUUCUCUUGUGAACUCUUUACUUAGACCCUCAAGCCAAGAUGAAGUUAAAAAGAUUUAGCACUUUUCACUUUAAAAAGGUUGUCGUUUAACUGAAGUGGCAUCUCUGUCAUUUAUACUGAGACCCAAGUUGCAGUACAUAAACACACAAAGAUAUUCUCCAUCUCUCUCAGCCGUAACUCUGAAUAUUCCACAGCAAACAUUCCACCAUAAGUAAUUAAUGGUUUAAUCUAGUACAAAAUACCUUUGAAUACUUUGGCUGUCCAAUAAUAACUUUGAUGGCUGAAAUUUCUUCUAAGUUAUGAGGGGACAGCUUAUAUUUUGUCCACAUACAUUCCACAGUACAUGAUGCUGCUAUACUAUAGUUGCCUAAUAUAUUGCUAGUUUAGGGAUUUGCAAUGGGAACUGUAUUGUAAUUUAUUUCCUCUUUUUUUUUUUCUCUUUUUGAUAUGUACAUAUAUUCAGGUGUGAGUUGCGCAACAAAGAAGAGCGCAAAUGAGAUUUAGAUUCCAAGAGGCACAUGUUCGACAAAGAAUAUCUCUCAGGUUAGAACCAGGAUCAAGGAUUUGCUUGAAUGUGCAGGCAGCUUUGUGCCAACACUUAAUUUUGACUCAUUAAGGUUGUCAUUGUGUUUUGGGGAGAAUGAGAUCUCACAACCUGCUGCUUAAAAUUUGGCCUUAUUGUUAAAUGUACACGGCAAACUACACUUCGUUUUGCCAGAUCAUUGCAUGUAAGUAACUGGAUUUGUAAUUUUUAACCUAUUUUUCUCACAAUGAAAUGCAUAGGGUGUUCACAAGACAUUUGUAGUAUAAUAAUCUCAGUUGAUGUACAGUAUUAAUAUGAGCAUUGCUGACUCUCUUCCAACGUUAGUGCCAAAGUUGUGAGUUCAGGGAAUAAAUAUGGUUUUGCAGUGAAAAUAAACAUUAUGUAUAAAAAUUUUUGUUAGGAAAUAAUAUGUAUAUAUUUCAUACCUUAAUACAUCACACAAGAAUUUAGUUCAGGUUGAUUACAAAUACUGAAUAGUUCUUUGAGUUAGGGAGGGUUGUAUAUUGAACCUUAUGCAUGGAACAUGUCUAUAUAUACUCCACAUGUAGUUACUGAAACCAUAGAUGGAUAUUUUGAUUUGUUUCACAGAAUCCAUAGAUUACAAAUUGUAUACCAUAUCAACACUAGCCAGACUGCGAGGCUAGUGAGUCCUUUCCAAAUGUAGCUCGAUCUUGCCAUGUCUUAGAGAUCAUGAGGCAUCACUUGUGAAGGUGAUAGCUGCUAAUUAUAUCAAUGACAUCAGCAAAAUUUGUUAUAUGAAAUUAAAAAAAGACUGUAUGGUUGCAUGAAUUUGAAAAAAAAAAAAAUUGCAUCCGAUGAAUGUAGAAACUGCGGUGUUUGUAGGACAAUCAGUAUGAUAUCCUUGUAUUGGGAAGAUUUGAAAAAAAGCCGUAGAAGUACAUAGGCCAUAUGAUUAUAUUUUAGUCUCUUAAGUGAAAAGAAAGACUUAAAAAAAAAAAAAAAAUCUUAAAAAACCCAAAAAAUUAGAAAUAAUAUACAAGUAGUUCUAUCUAUGAUUAUGCUUCCAGUUAUUCAAAAUUAGCUGAAGUAUUGUACCGUAGUCCAGAGAUGCAAUAAACGAGCGUCCAUCCAUGUCUUCGCCGCUGCUAUCAUACAGUCGUGAUUAAUCCCUCCAUUCCCCAUCCCUCCUCCCAGUGUAGUCGCUGGUGGCCGAGAAUUUUGCUUGACAACUUUGCUGGGUAUCUGGAAAAAAGCUCUUAUUUCCAAUGCUGUCUUGUCUCCUUCUUAAUUGAUAUCAGAGUUGAAAGUUUUGGUGAUGAUUAUUGUUGUUAUUAUUUUUUUAUAUAUUUUUUUUUUAGAUUUUUUUUAUGGUUUCAUGUGGUUCAGAAAGAAUUUUAUAUUUUUGUUUUGUUUUGGUGCUCUGUGGAGAUUAUUGUAUUUCUGAACAAUUUUUUUGUGUCAGCAAGGUAAAAAUUUCCUGUUUGGUGAUGUAAAGCUCUUUAAAAAUUUGAUAACAGUGUUUAUCUUAUUCAUUCUUUGAACAAAUUUAUUCAAGGUGCAGCAUUAUUACUCAAACUGAUUUUCACACCCAUCAGAUCUCUUUCAUUUAAACCUUUAUCAACAGUAGUCCUAUGGAACUACCUCUUAAUAUACCCGGGCUUAGAAAGUUUGAUCAUUGGUGAUAAAAAGGCAAAGUUCUUCCUGCCAUUAGUAGGAUAUAGUAGUCGAGACCUCGUUAAAAGGUCAGUGUUAAGCUCUAGUUAGGUAGACAGUACCAAGUAGUGGCCAUCCAUAUGUUACGUUUCCACACUUCCUUCAUUUUCCUCUCCCUGGUGUUAUCCCCCUUUUCCUUGGAAUCAGAAGUGGUGUAUUGGGCCUACAGUUGUAAUCCUGGUAAUCCAUUUCAGACAGUAAUAGAGAAUGGUUUCUGUAAAUGUCUGUUUUUUAUAAGUUUGUGGAGAUAACGAUUGGGAAAGCCCCUCUCGUGCAGACGUUUUUAUUCUCUUUUUUUUUUUUGCUCCAACCUGUAGAACACUUGCUAGCUGGUAGUCAUUUAUUAAGGGACUCAUGAGCUCUUUGCUAUUACUAAUUGUUUUUUUUCAUGGAUGAUUGCCUCAGAUUUCAUAGGAACCUCUUUCAGAGUUGCCAGAUGCCUUGUAUGCAUAGAUUUCCCUGAAAAUGAUGACACUGUAGUCCUGUUAAUGAAUAUGCUCACAAACAUUCACAGAUAUGUGUAGAUACAGUCAAAUGCUCACACAUCUUGUGGUAUACUCUUAAAACACACACACACACACACACACACACACACACACACACACACACACACACACACACACACACACACACACACACACACACACACACACACACACACACACACA